AUGGAUAAAAUUUUAGAUUGGCGUCUUGUAAACUCUUAUCAUCUUAGAUCAUCUCUUAGAUCUUUGAUAACUCUCCACAUGCUGAAAUCACAAGGUGUGAGAUCGGAUGAUCUUGGGGGCCAUUUACAAAAUGCGUUCAAUAAGCGACAAUUUUGGAGAGGGCAUUUCGGCAGUGUUACGAACGAUAACGAACAUGAAACUGCGUCUAAUAGGUUAUGUUGUUUUUUUAUAAAUCUUUUAUCAAAGUUGCAAUAUGACGUAACGGAAACGACGUGGAGGGAGAAACUGCGCCGUAACGUGCAUUCCAUACAAGACGGUAGGCGUUGAGCGACUUUAGGCCACCUCUGUAUAAUAUCUUAAUUAAUAAUUAGGCAUAUGUGAUGAAUGUGCUUGUUUCCUGCUAUUGUUGAUAACAGCACCAACAUCGACGUCAAUUUUAGUUAUUUUCAAACGCAAGGAGUGUGAAUUGGAGCUUGUUUCUGUUUGUUUUUGAUGCCCCGAAAAUCCAACUUCGCACAAGUAUGAAGAUGAGAAAAGUUACCUUUAAAGCUUCAGUUGAAAGAGUUGGACAUUUCUGUUGAGCCAAAACUCAAUCAAAUUAUUGCGGCUAAAUUUAAGUUUUGAUGAUGUAUCUUCAGAUAUAUCAAUGAGUUCUUCGUCAGCUUUUGUUGAUAUCCCUGUUAAUAUAGCGUCUUGAAACGGAUUCAUAACCCAGUUAUUUUUUUGAAAUUUUCCAUUUCUUCAAGGAAGUAAAAGUUAAAGUUCAACGAAAUUAAAUGCAAUGUGAUUUGGCUAAUUAUAUCAUCACGAACUUUUAUAUUAUUUUUGGUUAUGAAAGUUUAAAAUGUUUCAAAACAAUCAUAAUUUUGCUAGUUUUUUCUUUUAGAAACAGUGCAACUUCUUCGCGGAAUUCCACAAGUCUUGUUAAUACUUUUCCUCUUGACAGCCAACGUACUUCAGUGUGCAAAAGAAGAGCCGAAAGCCAUAUGCGUUCUCCUCCUUCACCGGACGUCGACUUCAACAAUGCAUCGUAA